AUGUUGAAAAUUCGUGAAGUAUCUCAAGAGGAUUUCGAUCCUAUAUUUCAUGUGGUAGAGGAAGCAUUCAGAAAUGCUGACCAUGCCAGCCACAAAGAGCAAUAUAUUGUUACAAAACUCAGAGCAUCUAAAGAGUACAUUCCUGGCCUUGAACUUGUCGGGGAAAUAGAUGGGAAAAUAAUUGGUCAUAUACUUCUAACAAAAGCAUUUGUCGAUGAGAAAUAUGAAACUCUUAUCCUUGGUCCAUUUUCUAUAUUGCCAAAUUUCCAAAACAAAGGAUAUGGAAGGCUUUUAAUCAAUGCGGCUCAUCAAAAGGCGAUUGAACUUGGUCAUAAAACAAUUGUGCUAGUUGGCCAUUCAUGGCUUUAUCCAAAAUUCGGAUAUAAAAGACUCUCAACAUAUAAUAUUAAAAUGCCUUUCCCUUGUCCAGAUGAGAAUGUUUUCGGAAUAGAACUUGUUCCUGGGGGUUUUGAUGGAAUUACCGGAAUUCUAAGAUUUUCAGAUGGAUUUAAUGCUGAUGAAGAAACUCAAUAG